CACAAAAAUUUUAUACAUUAUACUUCGUUUUAUUUUUCAUUUCAUUUUCAUUGCAUGUAUUUUAUAUGGUAGCGAAACCUUAUGUCAAGGGUUCGUAGAAUAACCUUUCAGAUUCCUCGAAAUUUUUAAAAUAUGGCGGUACUUGGCGAUGAAAAAGCUCAACAUUUGCACCAUGAAGAGAUGCACAUAGCAUUUACUAAUGGUCGUUUAUCGACCGUGAAUGGUGCAAUAAAUCGUAUGAAGAAAGAAGAAAUACGCGUACAUUUGAAGGUACUGGGCUUGGAUGAUAGGGGUGCAAAAGAGGUGAUAGUAAGGAGGUUAAAGAACCAUUACAAGAAGCUGCAUUGUGUCAAACCUAAAAAGAAAAAUGAUUGCUCGACUUCCAAAAUGGAGUCUGGACAACACUAUUUUAUGGUCAUUGAUUUUGAGGGAACUUGUGAGGAGAAGAAUGAAUCUGGUUAUGUUCAUGAGAUAAUAGAAUUUCCUGCAGUUCUGGUUAAUGCAAAGACAUUGGAAUUGGAGGACGAGUUUCAUCGAUAUUGUAGGCCUGUGGAGAAACCCAUCCUAUCUGAAUUCUGUCAAAGACUAACAGGAAUCACCCAGGAAAAGGUGAAUAAUGCAAAACCAUUUCCAGAGGUUUUGUCUGAAUUUGAAGAGUGGCUGGAAGAAACAUCAUUUGGCACGGAUAAAACAUUUGUUGUCACAACAGACGGCCCAUGGGAUAUGGGGAAAUUUCUACCGGAACAAUGUACCCUCUCGGGGAUCCCUGUACCGGGUUUCGCGAGCCAAUGGGUAAACGUUCGCAAACAUUAUCGACGGUAUUACAAAGUUGAGGAAAAAACGCCGCUUACGUUGGAGGGGAUUAUCGAGAACCUGGGGAUGAGUUUCGAAGGUCGCCCUCACAGCGGUAUCGACGACUCACGAAAUAUCGCGAAGAUCCUCGUGAAAAUGGUGCGCGAUGGCCUGGAUCCUAGAGUGAAUGACGACAUCGCGAAUCAAAAGCGAAUUGCUGCACAGCGGAAUUCUAGGAAGAGCUAAAUGCCCAGUCAUAGCCUGAAUGGCUAUAGGAUAGUUUCCAUGACUUCUAAAUAUGUCUCGAUCGAGUCUAAAUCAUAGCUUUCAUUUAGUUUGACUGUGUUUUUCCGCGCGUGAAAAGCCGAUUUCAAACUGAAUUUCGCAUGGGUAUGAUAUGUACCGGGCUUUGCCUUUGUCCUAAAUCUUAUCUGCGGCAACAAACAGAUGAAACUCGUCUAGUUACACUGGCUUUUUGUCAGUGUUUGUCCAAUUCGAUAUUUCAUUCGCUACCGGAUUCUACGAAGGUUUAAAAACAGGAGUUGUCAACAUCAUUGUCAACACACGGUUUUGUAAACCUUUCUAAAGUCCCUUUGUCGUAAUCUUUCUUCAAUUUAGACUUCAUAAUUCUGAACAUAUAUCUCGAAAAAUAAGGUUUUAAAAACAUUAACACAUAAACUACCGGCAUAUUUAGAUAUUUAAAUUAAAGCAGUAGACUUCAAGAAAGACGAAAGUUUUUCAAAACGUUUUUAGAUUUACUUUCAGUUUAGGUCGUUACAGACAUUUUCAUUUCGAUGAAGGAUUUAUAGUUUCAACUGGUUUAUUUGUAUUAUAGUUUCAACUAGUUUAUUUGUAUUGUAUUCGUAUUCAGUGUAUAUAUAUAGUAUCAAUUAGGUUUUAGUUUAGCGAAAAAUAUAUCAUAAAUAUGUAUUAUAGUAAUUAACGAUAGAUAACGCAGGUGAAUAUAUUG